AUGAAUCAAGAAACAGACACUCAUUCAAUCGAAUCUUCUCAUUCUUGCUGCUGUUCCAUGUAUUAUUAUGGAGCAGCUGUUGUAUUUAUACUUCUAAUUACCGUUAAGAAUUGGGUUAAUGGUGGUAAAGUUUCAAAGCGCAGAGAUUUAUCAAAUGAAGUGAUCAUUGUAACUGGUGGAAAUUCAGGAAUAGGUUUCGAGACAUGUAAAGAUUUAGUUAGAAAUGGCGCUAAAGUUAUCUUAGCUACUAGAAAUGAAUAAAGGGGAUAGAACGCAAUUAAAGAAUUAAAUAAAAUAAGGCCUAACUCUUCUGAAUUCAUGAAAUUAGAUUUGAGUGAUUUAACCUCUAUAAGAUUGUUUGCUAACGAAUUUAAAAGUAAGUAUAACAAAUUAAAUUGCCUCAUCAACAACGCUGGUAUCAUGGCUAUCUCUACACGUGUUUUAACAAAAGAUGGCUUUGAAAGUCAAAUAGGAACCAACCAUUUCGGACACUUUUUGCUAACUAACCUUCUUUUUGAUGUAUUAAAGCAAACACCUUAAUUUAGAAUAAUUAAUGUUUCAUCAAGAGCUCAUAUCCGCAAUACCAUCAAUUUAGAUGAUAUUAAUUUUAGUAAUACACCUUACUAAAAAUUCUAUGCUUACUCUGCAAGUAAAAUUGCCAAUAUACUUUUCACUCAAGAGCUUUAGAAGAAGUUUGAUGCUAAAAAAAUAAAUGGAAAAGCUAUGUGCCUUCAUCCAGGAGUUGUUAGAACUGAACUGGCAUCUCAUUUCCCUUACUACAAUAUUGUAUAUCCUAUAUUAUAUCCUAUUGCUUUGCUUCUUUUAAAAAGUCCAGAAGCUGGAGCUUAAACUACCUUGCAAUGUGUCCAUGAAGAUUUCAGUAAAUUAGAAUCUGGUAAAUAUUAUGUUGACUGCAAGGUUCACCCUACAGGCAAUAAAACAGCUUUAACUACUUAAAAUGCAGAAAGACUUUGGGAUAUGUCAGUCAAAUUAGUUAAAUUAGAUUAAAGUAUUUGA